CAGGAACAAAUGUCAAGUGGUUGUCCGGUGGCAGUGCCCAUUGAUCAAACUUCUGUUGAACUUGUUCUAGUCUCGUUCAGCCUUGCCGUUCAAAAUGACCAGGAAAUACUUUUGCGCCGGGAAUUGGAAGAUGAACACGCUCAAAAAGAACGUAGAAGAGAUUCUGACCAAUUUAAAAAAUAAUGUGGACGGCGAAAACGCUGACAUUGUUGUGGCUCCACCAGCUGCUUAUCUUCAAAUGGUGCAGAGUCAAAAACCGUCCUAUGUACAACUUGCGGCUCAGAAUUGUUUCAAGAAGUCUACCGGAGCUUUUACAGGUGAAAUAAGUCCCACGAUGCUUCUUGAUUUUGGAACUAAAUGGGUCAUUCUGGGGCAUUCAGAGCGAAGGCACGUUUUUGGCGAGACUGAUGAAUUAAUCUCGGAGAAAGUUAGCCAUGCUUUAAAAGAAGGCCUUCACGUGAUAGCCUGCAUCGGAGAGACAAAGGAGCAAAGACAGUCAAAUCAAACAGCUAAGGUUGUUCAGGAACAACUCAAAUCGAUCGCUUCCGGUGUGACAGAUUGGACCAAAGUGGUCAUUGCCUAUGAGCCAGUCUGGGCGAUCGGCACUGGCAUCGUUGCCACACCUGACCAGGCACAAGAAGCACACAAGCUAAUUCGUAGUUGGAUCGCAGAUAACGUGUCGUCGAAUGUCGCCGACCAUGUCAGAGUAGUGUAUGGAGGAUCGGUCAAUGCAGCCAACUGCAAAGCCUUGAGCAAGCUCAAUGAUGUCGAUGGCUUUCUAGUCGGAGGAGCUUCUCUGACAGCAGAAUUCGCCACUAUCUGCAAUGCUACAAAAGCUUAACAUUUCACUAUAAAUAAAAAUUACAAAUAUUUUCAUAUGUUAUCCAUAGAUUAUAUUCUUAUUAAAUAUACAUAGUUUAA